AUGGUGAUGGUGAAGCACCCUCUGCGGGAGCCUCACGUCAAGCUGCUCGGCCUCCCCGUCGGUGACUACGUGGUCCGAGUUCGCUGCCGUUCUCACAACUACGGCCUGUGGAGCAGAUGGAGCUCCACGCUGCUGAUGAGCAUCCCCGCCAGGCCGCCCGCAGGUAAACUCCUGGUGUUGAUUCUGGUGUCAGGAGUUGGUGUCGUGGCCCUGCUGGUCAUCGCUUUAGGGAUCAUUCCUCAGAGCAGAAGAAUAAAAGACUACUUCCUGCCGCCCAUUCCAAAGCCGCGGAUCAUCGGCAUCGACCCGCUGCUCCUCAAGAAGGGGAACUUGGACGAAAUCAACCAUCACUUCAGUAACUUCCACAGCUACAGACCUCCGAGCUACACGGAAGAGGUUUGGGACCCGGUCAGCGCCAACGACGUCUACCUCACCACGCCGAAGGACUGCAGCGUCCCAGCCGACUCCACGGAUGGCCAGAGGGACGCCUUGAUGGUCUCGUGCGACCUGACGCCUGUGGGCGCCAGAAACCAUCUUACAACCCAACACCCGACGUCGUAUGUGCAGUCACCGUACUGCUCCCCGCCCGCCGACGCCUUCGCCCCAGUGUUGAACGUGCUGUCCUCUUGGCCACGGCCUGAGAUCGUGUCUCUGCCAGGGACAGAGUACAGUGUGAUGGGACAUCUGGGCCGUCCAGACGCCGUCCCUGCUCCCAUUUCCACCAGCCGGUCUCCGCAAGACUUCUACACCUGCGUCCAGCUCAUGAACGAAAGCGGCGAGGUGCACCUGGUGCCGUGUCUGCCACCGCCGCCGUACUGCCAUGAUUUCCCGCCUCCCCCGAAGGUCGACUUGGAGGAGAAGAAGAAGAAGAAGCCCGCCGACUGCCAGGCAAGGAAAAACGUGAUGAAAGAAGGCGAGGCAGAGCGGAGCGAGGCGGCAGUCCCUUUGCUGCCUGUCGCCGUCGACAACAAAGGCUGAGCUGAAAAAAGCGACUCCUGCUGCACUUCAGAGAAGAAUACGUUGACUUUCAAACAGGAAGUACACCUGCAGGACAUCGGCCGCCAAAGAGCCUUUUUUUUUAGCUCGCAAACGUCCCAGCGCCACUUCGAAAACAAGUCAACAAACUGUUUUUGACGACCGAAAAAACUGCAAUGCAAACUCCACCAAACACCGUUUGUGGCGUUGCGUUUGUUUGUAAAGUUCCUUUGGACCUCAACUCGUCUCUCUUUUUGGUAACUCUGCUCACCGAAGCUGCCGACGACGAAGCCAGAGCCAAUUUCAGCUGAACAAAUUCAAAAUCGAGAGCAAAAAACAAAGCGGAAUCACCACAAACCGUAUUAAUGGGUAAUGAAGUCUUUUAGGGCC